AUGGCCAGCGCAGCCCAUUGCCUCAUGUGCUUCGAGGCCCUCGACGCCCACCUCGAGGACCGGGAGCCCCUCUCCCUCAGCGAGAUCGAAUCCUCCUGGGCGCUCUACACGAGCUCCGUUUCAGACUCGGAACCCGGCCCGUCCAGGAACGACCAGGCUCCCAAGACACCGGCUCUCCGCCGCCUCGCCGCCGACGCCGACUCCUCCGCGUCCUCGUCCUCCGCGUCGCCCGCGUGGUCCUCGUCCACGCCCGCGACGUCCAUGUCCUCACUGUCGCUGGGCACCUCGUCCGCCCCGCUGUUUGUCACCUGGAACACCGUCUCGGGGGACGACGUCUCUCUGCGCGGGUGCAUCGGCACCUUUGAGUCCCAGCCCCUCGGCGUCGGGCUGCCCGAGUACGCGACCAUUUCGGCCCUGCACGACACGCGCUUCUCGCCCAUUGUCAAGGAGGAGCUGCCCGAGCUGCAGGCCGCCGUGACCUUGUUGACCGACUUUGAGGAGGCCGACGACGCCUAUGACUGGGAGGUGGGCACCCACGGCAUCCGGCUGUCGUUUACUGACAGGGGCCACCGUUACGGAGCGACAUAUCUGCCGGACGUGGCUUCCGAGCAGGGCUGGACUCAGGACGAGACGCUGUACAGCCUCAUCCGGAAAGCGGGCUGGAUGGGCGGCCGCUCGAGGUGGAAGUCGCUGGAGCUCAAGGUUACGCGCUAUCAGGGCAAGAAGGCGAGCUUGAAUUAUCCCGAGUACAAGAAGUGGAAGGAUUGGGUUGUCAGCAAGCAGUGA